AUGGCGCAGCGGCUGCUGGCCGGGCUGGCUCUGCUGCUGCUGAGCGCCGUGCGGGUGGCAUCGGGGGGCUUCAGCCUGCACCCCCCUUAUUUCAACCUGGCCGAGGGCGCCCGUAUCCACGCCUCGGCGACCUGCGGAGAGGAGACCACAGCGCGCGGUGUUCCGCGCCCCACCGAGGACCUGUACUGCAAGUUGGUGGGGGGCCCGGUGGCCGGCGGGGACCCCAACCAGACCAUCCAGGGCCAGUACUGCGACAUCUGUACGGCAGCCAGCAGCAAGAAGGCGCACCCGGCCAGCCAUGCCAUCGAUGGCACCGAGCGCUGGUGGCAGAGCCCCCCGCUGUCCAGGGGGCUCCAGUUCAACGAGGUCAACCUGACGCUGGAUCUGGGCCAGGUGUUCCAUGUUGCUUAUGUGCUUGUCAAGUUUGCCAACUCUCCAAGGCCUGACCUAUGGGUGCUGGAACGUUCCACCGACUUCGGCCUCACCUACCAGCCCUGGCAGUACUUUGCCUCCUCAAGGAGGGACUGUUUGGAGCGUUUCGGGCCCCGGACACUGGAGCGGAUCGAACAGGAUGACGAUGUGGUGUGCAGCACCGAGUACUCACGGAUCGUGCCCCUGGAGAAUGGCGAGAUUGUCGUGUCGCUGGUGAACGGGCGUCCAGGUGCCAUGAAUUUCUCCUACUCGCCGCGGCUGCGGGAUUUCACCAAAGCCACCAACAUUCGCCUCCGCUUCCUGCGCACCAACACACUGCUCGGGCACCUCAUGGCCAAAGCAUUGCGGGACCCCACGGUCACUCGCCGGUAUUAUUACAGCAUCAAGGACAUCAGUGUGGGCGGCCGCUGCGUCUGCCAUGGCCACGCAGAUGCCUGUGAUGCCCAGGACCCCACAGACCCCUUCAGGCUGCAGUGUGCCUGCCAGCAUAACACCUGUGGGGGCUCCUGUGACCGCUGCUGCCCCGGUUUCCACCAGCACCCGUGGAAGCCGGCAACCACUGAUAGUGCCAACGAGUGCCAGUCCUGCAACUGCCAUGGUCAUGCCCACGAUUGCUACUACGACCCUGAGGUGGACCGGCUCCACGCCAGCCAGGACCUGGAGCACGUCUUCCGGGGUGGUGGCGUAUGCAUCGACUGUCAGCACCACACCACUGGCAUCAACUGUGAACGCUGCCAGCCUGGCUUCUACCGCGACCCCAACCAUCCCCUGGAUUCGCCACACGCCUGUCGCCGCUGCGAGUGUGACUCGGAUUUCACGGAUGGGACGUGUGAGGACCUUACUGGCCGCUGCUACUGCCGCCCCAACUUCACCGGCGAGCACUGUGACACUUGUGCCGAUGGCUUCCUGGAUUUCCCCCAGUGCUACCCCAAGUCCUCUGCUCGCAAUGACACUGGAGAACAGGUGCUGCCAGCCGGGCAGAUAGUGAACUGUGACUGCAGUGCUGCUGGAACCGAGGGAAAUGCUUGUCGCAAGGACCCGCGGUUGGGACGCUGCGUCUGCAAACCUAACUUCCAGGGCACCCACUGCGAAGUCUGUGCCCCUGGCUUCUAUGGCCCCAGCUGCCAGACCUGCCAGUGCUCUAGCCCCGGUGCGGCCAGUGAGGCCUGUGACCCGGACUCUGGCCAUUGUGUGUGCUGGCCAGGCUUCGAGGGCCCUGCUUGUGACCGCUGCGCGCCUGGCUACUUCCACUUCCCACUCUGCCAGUUGUGCAGUUGCAGCCUGGUGGGGACCCUGCCCAACGGCUGUGACCAGGACGGACAUUGUCUGUGCAAACCUGGCUUUGGCGGCCCCCACUGUGACUACUGCAGCUCGGGCUACCACAGCUACCCCAAGUGCCAGGCCUGCAGCUGCGACCCUCAGGGUGCCCUGGAACAGUUGUGUGGCCCCUCGGGCCUGUGUAGCUGCCGUCCUGGCUUUGCCAGCCCCACCUGUGGGCAGUGCAGCCCUGGCUACCACGGCUUUCCUGACUGCACCCCCUGCCACUGCUCUCCAGAGGGUGCCCAGAAUGGCAUUUGCGACCCCCAGAGCGGCCAGUGUAGCUGCCGGCCCCACGUGACGGGUCUGCGUUGUGACAGUUGUGUGCCUGGCACCUAUGGCUUUCCUCUCUGCGAAGUGGGUUCCUGUCACCCAGCCGGCCUGGCUCCCAGCCUCGCCCAAGUUCCCGAGGUGAGUGGCACCUGCACAUGUCGAGCCCAUGUGGAGGGCCCCAGCUGUGACCGCUGUAAGCCCGGCUUCUGGGGGUUGAGCAUUAGCAACCCUGAAGGCUGUGCACGUUGCAGCUGUGAUGCCAGGGGAACACUGGGUGGAGGGACCGACUGCCAGCAGGGCAGCGGCCAGUGCUUCUGCAAGGCCCAUGUGUGCGGCCAGACAUGUGCCGCCUGCCAGGACGGCUUCUUCGGGAUGGACCCCUCCAACUACUUUGGUUGCCACAGCUGCCGUUGUGACGUCGGUGGGGCUCUAGGCCUGGGCUGUGACCCCCAGACGGGUGCCUGCCGGUGCCGCCCCAACACGCAGGGCCCCACCUGCAGCCAGCCUGCACGGGAUCACUUUCUGCCCGACCUUCACCACCUACGCCUGGAGCUGGAGGAGGCGGCCACGCCCGAAGGCCACAGCCUUCGUUUUGGCUUCAACCCCCUGGAGUUCGAGAACUUCAGCUGGCGGGGCUAUGCGCAGAUGACACCCAUCCAGCCCAGGAUCGUGGCCAGAGUAAAUGUGACUUCCCCUGACCUCUUCCGCCUCGUCUUCCGCUAUGUCAACCGUGGGUCAUCGAGUGUGAGUGGGCGAGUGUCCAUGCGAGAAGAGGGCAAGCUCGCCACCUGUACCAACUGCACAGAGCAGAGUCAGCCACUGACCUUCCCACCCAGCACGGAGCCGGCCUUCCUCGCUGUGCCCCAGACAGGUUUUGGGGAGCCCUUUGUGCUCAACCCCGGCACCUGGGCCAUGAUGAUAGAGGCUGAAGGGGUCCUCCUGGACCAUGUGGUGCUGCUCCCCAGUGCCCACUACGAGGCGGCCGUUCUUCAGCUGCGGAUCACCGAACCCUGCACUUUCCAAACUGCAGCCAGGCUUCCCGGGGAGAACUGUCUCCUCUACACGCACCUGCCCCUGGAGGGAUUCCCCUCGGCCUAUGCCGCCACCACAUUGUGUCGCCACGGCAAUAGCCUGCCUCAGCCCUGUCCCUUGGACCAGCUCAGCCCCUCGCACCCGCCGCUGGCAGCCUGUCUAGGCAGUGACGUGAGCGUCCAGCUCCAGGUGACAGUGCUGCGUCCAGGCCGCUAUGCCCUGCUGUUGGAAUAUGCCAAUGAGGACAGCCGUCAGGAGGCCAGUGUGGCCGUGCAUACACCUCAGCAAGCGUCCCAGCUAGGCACGGUUACCUUUCACCCGUGCAUGUACAGCAACCUGUGUCGGUGCACUGCCCUGGACGCCCAGCACCACCUGGCCACCUUCCACGUGGACUCUGAAGCCAGCAUUGAGCUCAUGAAUGAGCAGGCCCACUUCUUCCUGCACAGCAUCACCCUGGUCCCUGUGGAGACCUUCACCCUGGAGUUCCUGGAGCCUCGUCCUCACUGCAUCAGCAGCCACGGAGUCUUCAACCCCAGCAGUGCCACCUGCCUGCCUUCUCGAUUCCCUAAGCCGCCGCAGCCAAUCCAGAUUAGGGACUGCCUGGUGCUGCCUCUCCCACCCGGACUCCCACUGGCCCGUGCUCAGGACCUUGCCCCGGGCACGCCUCCAGCUGGGCCACAACCUCGGCCCCCCACCACUGUGGACCCUGAUGCGCAGCCCACACUGAUCCGCAACCCCCAGGGCACCGUGGUCUUCAGUACCCACGUGCCCAGCCUGGGUCGCUACGCCUUCCUGCUGCACAGCUACCAGCCGGCUCACCCCACCUUUUUGGUGGAGGUGCUCAUCAGUGGGGGCCGUGUCUGGCAGGGCCACGCAAAUGCCAGCUUCUGCCCACAUGGCUAUGGCUGCCGCCUCCUGGUGGUGUGCGAGGGCCGGACGGUGCUGGACGUGACGGACAAUGAGCUGACCGUGACCCUGCGUGUGCCCGAGGGACGCUGGCUCUGGCUCGAUUAUGUGCUGGUGGUCCCCGAGGACGCCUACAACCCCAGCUACCACCAGGAAGAGCCUCUGGACAAGUCCUAUGAGUUCAUUAGCCGCUGUGCUGGCCCUGGCUACCACAUCAGCUCCAGCAGCGCCUCCCCAUUCUGCCGCUCUGCCGCCAUCUCUCUAUCUCUCUUCUACAACAACGGGGCUCAGCCUUGCCGUUGCCACGAGGCAGGCGCUACAGGCCCCACAUGCGAGCCUUUUGGGGGACAGUGUCCCUGCCGUGCCCACGUCAUUGGCCGAGACUGCUCACGCUGUGCGACUGGCUACUGGGGCUUCCCCCGGUGCAGGCCCUGUGAGUGCGGGGCACAGCUGUGUGAGGAGCUCACAGGUCGCUGCAUCUGCCCACCACGCACCGUGCCACCUGGGUGUGUGGUCUGCCAGCCCCAGAGUUUCGGCUGCCACCCGCUGGUGGGCUGCGAGGAGUGUAACUGCUCUGGGCCUGGUGUGGAGGCGCUCACGGACCCCACAUGCGAUGCUGACAGUGGCCAGUGCAAGUGCAGACCCCAUGUGGGCGGACGCCGCUGUGAUUCCUGCGUCCCCGGCUUCCACGGUUUCCCCAACUGCCGCCCAUGUGACUGCCACGCAGCAGGGUCAAUGCCGGGCGUGUGUGACCCCCUGACUGGCCAGUGCUACUGCAAGGAGAAUGUGCAGGGCCUGAGGUGUGACCAGUGCCGGCUUGGAACCUUCUACCUGGAUGCUGCCAACCCCAAGGGCUGCACCCGCUGCUUUUGCUUUGGGGCCACAGAGAGUUGUGGGAGCUCAUCCCUCUGGUGGCAGGAGUUCGUGGACAUGACAGGCUGGAGGCUGCUGAGUGGGGACCAUAACCCAGUGCCACACGAAGAGCAGGUCGAGGCAGAGAUGCUGACAGCAGACCUGCGGUCACUCCCCGAGGCCUCCACCGACCUUUACUGGCAGGCGCCUCCUUCCUACAUGGGGGACAGAGUGUCAUCUUAUGGAGGGACACUUAGCUAUGAGCUGCAUUCGGAGACGCAGCGUGGGGACGUGUUUGUCCCUGUGGAGAGCCGCCCAGACGUGCUGCUGCAGGGAAACCAGAUGAGCCUCAAAUACGUGGAACCUGUGUACCCAGCACCAGGCCACAUACACCGAGGGCAGUUACAACUGGUGGAGGGGAACUUCCGUCACUCGGAGACGCACAACACUGUGUCCCGAGAGGAGCUCAUGAUGGUGCUGGCCGGCCUGGAGCAGCUGCGCAUCCGCGCCCUCUUCGCCGCCGUGUCCUCGUCCGUGGCCCUGCGCAGGGUGGCCCUGCAGGUGGCCAGCGUGGGGGCUGGGGCUGGGGGAUCUCUGGCCAGCACCGUGGAGCAGUGCCUGUGCCCUGCCAGCUACCGAGGGGCCUCCUGCCAGGAGUGUGCCCCCGGUCAUUACCGUGAUUCCAAAGGGCCUUUCCUGGGCCGCUGUGUCCCUUGUCAGUGCCACAGCCACUCGGAUCGCUGCCUCCCGGGUUCAGGCAUCUGUGUGGACUGCCAGCACAACACGGCGGGCAAACACUGUGAGCUGUGCGCUCCAAGCUUCCUGCGAGGCCCUGACCAGGACCCCACGGCCCCUUGUGUUAGCUGCCCCUGUCCUCUCUCGGCGCCAUCCAACAACUUUGCCACCGGCUGUGUUGUGCGAGGCGGCCGCACUCAGUGCCUCUGCCGGCCUGGCUACGCGGGUGCCUCCUGCGAGCGGUGCGCCCCUGGCUUCUUCGGAAACCCACUGGUGCUGGGGAGCUCGUGCCGGCCCUGCGACUGCAGCGGCAACUCGGACCCCAACAUGCUGUUCAGUGAUUGUGACCCGCUGACUGGUGCCUGCCUCAGCUGCCAGCACCACACCGCCGGGCCACGAUGCCAGACCUGCGCCCCUGGCUUCUACGGCAACGCGCUGCUGCCUGGCAACUGCACCCGUUGUGACUGCUCUCCAUGUGGGACGGAGGCCUGUGACCCCCAAAGCGGACGCUGCCUAUGCAAGCCGGGGGUGAAAGGGACCCGAUGUGACCACUGCCAGGAAGGACAUUUCGGCUUCGAGGGCUGUGGGGGCUGCCAGCCCUGCUCCUGUGGCAAAGCCUCCGAGAAUGCCAAGUGCCACCCGCAGAGUGGACAGUGCCCCUGCCGGCCAGGCACUGGGGGCCCCCAAUGCCGAGAAUGUGCACCUGGUCACUGGGGUGUCCCGGAGCAAGGCUGCCGGCGCUGCGAGUGCCGGGGGGGCCACUGCGACCCCCACACUGGCCGCUGCACCUGCCCGCCUGGGCUCCAUGGAGAACGUUGUGACACCUGCAGACACCCGCACCAUGUGCCCGUGUCCAAGUACCCUGGGGGGCACGGUGUCCACUGCGAAGUGUGCGAUCACUGCGUGGUUCUGCUUCUGGAUGACCUGGAACGGGCCGGUGCCCUCUUCCCCACCAUCCGGGAACAGCUCCGGGGUCUCAACGCCAGCUCCGCAGCUUGGGCUCGGCUGCACGCACUCAACAGCUCCAUCGCCAGCCUGCAGGAUCAGCUCCAGAGCUCGCUGGGUUCCCGCCAUCACGCAGAGGAGCAGCUGGAUGCACUGGGUCAGAAGAGCGCCAAGCUGGAACAAGAUGGGCAGCGGCUGGAGGCACAGGCAGGAUCGUCAAUCCACCAGGAUAUCCCCCAGAUCCGCCUCAGGCACCCCCCAAACCUGCCCAGACCUCCACCCCAGGACCCCCCAGAUCCCCCUCCCCCAAACCCCCUCCAGAUUCCUCAUAGGGCCACCCCGUCCCCCGCGAACACUGACAUGACUUAUCCACAGGCCUUAGGGGCCAGAGCCCAGGCGGAGCAGCUGCUGGACAGCACCGCAGACACGCAGGGCUGGGCACAGACGCUGCUGGAUGGCAUCCGGGCUGCAGAGCAGCGCCUGAGGGAGCUCGAGGACCAGACGGACCAUCUGUUUCCCACCAACACCUCCGCCCCAUCAGGGGAGCAGCUGCGCCGGGUCCUGGCUGAGGCCGAGCGGCUGCUGGGGGACUUGCGGGCCCGCAGCCUGGACUUCCCCAAGGCCGCUGCUGAGGCUGAGUUGGACAAGGCCCAGAGAUUACUGGCCCGGGUGCAGGAGCAGCUGACACGUCGCUGGGAGGCGAACCAGGCACUGGCCGCUGGCAUUCGGGACCGGCUGGCACAGCAUGAAGCCGGACUCAUGGAGCUGCGGGAGGUGCUGAACCAGGCUGUGGGCACCACGCGGGAGGCCCAGGAGCUCAACAACCGUAACCAAGCCCGCCUGGAGGAGGCGCUGCGCGGGCAGCACCUGGGCCAAGACAACAGCACACUGUGGGCCUCGGUGCAAUCUGCCCGGGCCACGCUGGCCCAGAUCUUGGAGCAGCUGCAGGGCCUGGACCAGGCCAGGGAGGACUACGAGCAUCUGCUGGCCAGCCUGGACGGGGCUCGCACACCGCUUCUGGAGAGGAUCCAGACCUUCUCCCCAGCCAGCAGCAAGCUGGGGUUAGUGGAGGAGGCUGAGGCCCAUGCGAGGCGCCUGGACAAGUUGGCGCACAACCUGACCAGCAUCAUCCAAGGUGUGAACCAGGACCGCUUCCUCCAGCGUGCCAUGGAUGCGGUCCGCGCCUACAGCCACACCCUGCAGGCCGUGCAAGCUGCCCAGAAAGCCGCUGAGCAGGCGCUGAAGGAGGCGAUGCACACGUGGGAGGUUGCAGUGCAGCAGGGCCUGGCGGCCCGGGCACAGACACUACUGGCCAACAGUAGCACCCUGGAAGAUAUAAUUGGUGGAGAGCAGCGGAAACUGGCCCAGGCAUGGGCCACCCUGCAGGGCACAGGCCCAAAGCUCCACGAUGCCCAGGCCAAGAAGGACCAGCUGGUGAGCAGAGUGCAGGCGGCACGGGCCAUGCUGGCCAUGGAUACGGACGAGACAAGUCGGAAGAUUGCUCAUGCCAAAGCUGUGGCAUUCGAGACCCGGGACCAGGUCGCCCAAAUGCAGAGCCGGCUCCGGGACAUGCAGGAGAAUGUGGAGCAGUGGCAGGGCCAGUAUGGUGGCCUGCAGACCCAGGGCCUGGGCCAGGCAGUGGCGGACGCUGGACGCUCAGUGUCAGGGCUGGAGAAGAUUCUGCCACAGCUGCUGACCAAGCUGAGUGACUUGCAUAAUCGGGGUGCCACCAACGCCAGCCUGGCCCUUGCUGCCAGCAUUGGCCGCGUGCGGGAGCUCAUCGCCCAGGCCCGGGGUGCCGCCAGCAAGGUCCGGGUGCCCAUGAAGUUCAACGGGACGUCGGGGGUGCGUCUGCGUGCACCCCAGGACCUCUCAGACCUCGCUGCCUACACUUCCCUCAAGUUCUACCUACAGAGGCCAGAGCCGGAGGACGGGGAGGCCGCGGGGAGCCAGUUUGUGCUGUACAUGGGCAGCCGACAGGGCACUGGAGACUACAUGGGUGUGGCCCUACAUGACCAGAAGGUGCAGUGGGUAUACCGGCUGGGGCCAGCGGGUCCUGCCACCCUCAGCAUUGACGUGAACAUCGGGGAGCAGUUCAGCGCUGUCAGCAUUGGCCGGAGCCUGCAGUUUGGCCACAUGUCCGUCACCGUGGAGAAGCAGAUGGUUCACGAGACAAAGGGCGACACAGUGGCCCCCGGGCCUGAAGGUCUGCUCAGUCUGGCGCCUGAUGACUUUGUCUUCUAUGUCGGAGGCUACCCCAAAAACUUCAUGCCCCCUGAACCCCUCCGCUUGGACUCCUACCGAGGCUGCAUCGAGCUGGAUACGCUCAAUGAGCAGGUGGUGAGCCUCUACAACUUCGAGGAGACCUUCCACCUGGACACGACAGCUGACAAGCCAUGUGCUCGCUCCAAGUCUACUGGGGACCCCUGGCUCACGGACGGCUCUUACCUGGACGGCACUGGCUACGCCUACAUCCCAGUGGACAGUCAGACUUCCGGCACCAGACGCUUUGAGCAGGAGCUCCGGCUCGUGUCCGCCGAUGGCAUCAUCUUCUUCCUUCAGCAUCAGGGCCAGUUCCUGUGCCUGGCCGUUCGGGACAGUAUCUUGCGUCUCUACUAUGACUUCGGCCAGGGUCUGCAGGAGGCGCCUCCCUCGCCCCCUUCCACCACCACUGCCGCCUCUACCUCCUCCCUGCCGCCCUUCACUUCGGCCAGCAAGGCGAUUCAAGUGUACCUGCUGCGGUCCAACCGGCCACGGGUGUUGGUGCGUCUGGAGCGGGUCUCGGUCUUCAGUGUAGAGCAGGACUAUGCCCUGGAGUCGGCCGAGGCCUACUACCUGGGAGGGGUCCCGCCCAGCCAGCUGCCCCCUAGCCUGCGGAAGCUCUUCCCCUCGGGGGGCUCCAUCCGGGGCUGUGUCAAGGGUAUCAAGGCUUUGGGCAAGUACGUGGACCUCAAGAGGCUGAACACCACUGGCAUUAGCUUCGGCUGUACCUCGGACCUGCUGAUGGAGCGCACCAUGACCUUCCAUGGUGGAGCCUUCCUGUCCCUGCCACUCCAUGAUGUGCCACCCCUCUCUGAGCACUUUUACUCGGGCUUUGGUUUCCGAAGCAGCCGGGACAGCGGACGACUCUACCACCACAUGUCUCAGGAUGGUGAGUGCGAGGUGAGCCUACAGCAAGGCCGUGUUUCACUCCGGCUGCCGACUGCUGAGCUGAAGACCCGGGGGCCCUUUGCUGACGGGGCCCCACACUACGUGGCUUUCUACAGCAACACCAGCGGGGCCUGGCUGUAUGUGGACGACCAGCUGCAGCAGAUGAAGCCCCACCGGGGCACGGCUCCCAGGCCUCCGCCCCCCCAGUUCCCUCAACUCUUCCUUGGGGGUCUGCCUGACUCAAGGGCCUCUCAAGACUUUGAGGGCUGCAUCAGCAAUGUUUUCGUGCAGCGGCUACAGGGUCCCCAGCAGGUGUUGGACCUGCAGGAACGCACAGGUGGCGUCAACGUGAGCUCGGGAUGCGCCCCCAAGCCUGGCACGGAUGCCCCAGCACUGGUGCCUAGAGGACUGCGGGUCUCCACAGCUCAGAAGGGCUCUCGCCAGAGCCGCAAGCCCUCUGCAGAUCCCACCUGCUCUGUGGCCAGGCCACCCCGCAGCGUCCCAGGUGCCUACCAGUUGGGGGGUGUCCUGCCCAGUCACCUGGAGUUCAGCCUCCCACAGCAUUGGUCGCACCUGUCCUUGUUGGUACGCCCUCGGGCACCCCACGGCCUGCUGCUCUUUGCAGCUCCUCGGAAGGCAGGUGGCCCCUCCCUCCUCCUCUUCCUCAGCAAAGGCUACUUCAUUGCUCACACGGAGGGAACCGGGACCCGCCACCGCCACAUCCAGAGCCAUCAGAAGGCCCGGGUGGGCCGCUGGCACAUGGUGUCUGUGAGAUGGGACAAGACAGGGGUCCAUCUGGUUACCCACCUGGCCAAGGCCAAUGCUAAGGCACAGCCAGCUCCCAGUCAGCACCUCCACCUGCCUGAGUCACCCUGGCCCGACAGGCUCUUUGUCGGGGGCCUCCCUGCCGGCAACCCUGAGCACUCAGUGGCAGGCCAGCCGGCAUUCAGCGGCUGUGUGAAGACUCUGAGGGUGGACAGGAGACCCCUGGACUUGCCCAGGCAGGCUGUGGGGGUCACACCCUGCUUCUUGGGGCCCCUGGAAAAAGGCCUCUUCUUUGCUGCCAGCGGGGGAGCCCUGAGUCUAGACCUCCCAGGGGUCACUCUGUCCACCUUGGAGCUGGUGCUGGAGCUGCGGCCCCGGUCAGCCAAGGGCCUUGUUCUGCACCUGGGCAGGGAGCAGACGCCACCCUACUUACAGCUGCAGCUGGUGGGGACUCAGGUACUGCUGCGGGCAGACAAAGGCUCAGGUGAGGUCUCCACAUGGGUAACUCUCCCCAUGGCACUGUGCGAUGGACUAUGGCACCGAGUGGCAGUGACCAGCAGUGGAUACACACUCCGGCUGGAGGUGGACACACACACCAACCAGACCCUGCAUCCUGCCAUGGCAGCCACUGCUGCCACCCCGGCCCAGCUCCACCUCGGAGGCCUGCCUGAGCCCACGUUUGCACAGGCCGAGGCCUCCACCCAGACUUAUCCUCGACCAUCCGCCUACAGCGGCUGCAUGAGAAAUCUGGUGCUAAAUGGGACCUCUGUGUCCUGGUCUCGCUCCGCCAGCACCCAGGGGGCGGUAGGGGCCAGUGGCUGCCCUGUCGGGUAGAGUCCCUCUUGCUCUGGCGCGGGACCUGGGACCUGCCCCCCAUUCCUGGUGAUGAUAAAGCUGGUUCUAGAAAA